CAUCCCAUCGACACUUUCACUUUCAUUUGUCCUUUUUUAAUCUUCGUGUAGUCGGUCGUGUUUAUGUACCGAGUCUGAGCUUUACAUGAUGUUAGCCAACUACACAUGUAGUGAAUGAAGUCGUGUCUCCGUCUCUGGACAGUUGUGUCUCCAUUGAAGCGGAGGCUCAAUCAGCCUUGAGUCAAUGGCGAUGAACAAGAAAGACGACAGGCAUAAUCCGCUGGCUACUGCCGGCUUUCUUUCAAGGUUAUUUUUAUGCUGGUUAAACCCGCUGCUGCACCUGGGCCAGAAACAGAGGCUGGAGGAAAGUGACAUGUACAGCGUUCUGCCCGAGGAUCAGUCUGAAAUACUGGGAGAGGAACUACAGAGAUUCUGGGACCAUGAAGUUAGAAAGGCUACAAAGGAACUUCGGAAGCCAAAACUCACAAGAGUCCUUAUUAGGUGCUAUGGGAAGUCCUACGCAGUGGCUGGGUUGUUUGUAUUUUCACUGGAGGUAAUUAAAGUGAUCCAGCCACUUCUUCUGUGGAAGAUAAUCCAGUACUUUGAGAGUUAUGACCCAGAAGAUGAGAGAAGUCUCAGCAUGGCGUAUGGUUACGCUGCGGCAAUGUCCCUCUCCGCCUUUGGACUGACCAUCCUCCAACAUCUCUACUACUACCACGUCCAAAGAACAGGCAUGAAGAUUAGAGUGGCCGUUUGUCACAUGAUAUACAGGAAGGCUCUCGGUCUCAGCAGCGAAUCCAUGGGCCGAACAACCACCGGACAAAUUGUGAACCUCCUUUCAAAUGAUGUCAAUCGUUUUGAUGAGAUUACACUCAAUCUGCAUUACUUGUGGGUGGGACCUCUUCAAGCCGUGGUGAUCAUCCUUUUACUUUGGUAUGAGAUCGGCCCCUCGUGUCUGGCAGGUGUGGCAGGCAUUGCCCUCAUGAUGGCUGUACAGACAUGGUUUGGAAAGCUCUUUGGCAUCUUCAGGAGUAAAACGGCCGUCCUUACUGACAAUAGAAUCCGCGUCAUGAACGAAGUGGUGUCUGGCAUCAGGAUCAUCAAGAUGUAUGCCUGGGAGAAACCAUUCUCAGCUCUGGUUAAUGAAGUGAGAAGGAAAGAAAUCAGUCAGAUACUGAAGAGCUCCUACCUACGAGGACUCAACAUGGCCUCCUUCUUCGCCAGCAGCAAGAUCAUUGUCUUUGUUACCUUCACCGUCUACGUUCUCCUGGGCAACAUCAUCACUGCCAGCAGCGUGUUUGUCACAGUUUCCCUCUAUGGCACAAUCAAGCUUACAGUCACCCUGUUCUUCCCACUUGCCAUCGAAAAGGUGUCAGAGACGGCCGUCAGCAUUCGCAGGAUUACGAAUUUCCUUCUGCUUGAAGAGGUUGAAAGAAGAAACUUUGUGCUACCUCUGGAAGAAAAGAAGGAAAACUCCAUUGAGAUUGAGAAGUUGACCUGCUACUGGGAUGAAAGUUUAGAUGCUCCAUCUCUGCAGAACGUCUCUAUCACGGUGAAGUCACACCAACUUCUGACUGUAAUUGGCCCAGUGGGGGCUGGAAAGUCAUCUCUGUUGAGCGCCAUCCUGGGAGAGCUAACUCAUGACUCUGGGACGCUGAAGGUCAAGGGUCAGCUGACCUAUGCCACGCAGCAGCCCUGGGUGUUCCCUGGAACUAUUCGCAGUAACAUCCUGUUCGGGAGGGAGCUGAACACGCAGAAGUACGAGAGUGUGCUAAAGGCCUGCGCUCUAAAGAAGGACCUGGAGCUGCUUCCAGAUGGAGACCUGACACUGAUCGGGGACAGAGGGGCCACACUCAGCGGGGGACAGAAAGCUCGUGUCAACCUGGCGAGGGCGGUGUAUCAGGAUGCAGACAUCUACCUCCUGGAUGACCCUUUAAGUGCUGUGGAUGCUGAGGUUGGGAAACAUCUGUUUGAGCAGUGUAUCUGUGGUCUGCUGAAGAACAAGUGUCGUAUCCUGGUCACCCACCAGCAGCAGCAUCUGAAGGCAGCUGACCAGAUUCUGGUCCUCAAGGAGGGUCAUAUCAUGGCUCAGGGCACCGUCAGUGAGCUGCAGCGCUCGGGCCUCAACAUCGUGUCCCUGCUGAGAAGCGACGAGGAGCAGGAUCGAUGGUCUCAAUCAGCUGACCCCGACAAACUGUCGUUACACAGCCAGAGGACCAAUUGCUCACACAGUUCACACUGUUCUUACAGCAGCCUCCUGCUGCCAGAGAGCAACUGCACUAACCAGCUUCCUGUUGAAACCGUUCAUACCAUGGCAGAGGAGACUCGAGUUGAAGGAAAUGUUAGUGGCCAAAUUUAUCUCAAGUACUUCACUGCCGGCUGUAACCUUCUGGUAUUACUGGUGAUAGUCCUGCUCAGCGUCACAGCUGAGGCUGCAUAUAUUCUGCAGGACUGGUGGCUGGUAUACUGGGCAAGAGAAGAGUUUUUUAACAACACAGCCACUGCUGUUAGCAUUAAACAUGGGAUUAAUGCUACUACUACCUCAGAUCAAGAGUUUAAUCUCACCUUUUACCUGAGCAUUUAUUCAGGUUUGACAGCGGCUGCUGUGGUGUUCGGCUAUGCCCGCAGUUUAGUGAUCUUUCAUGGGCUGGUGAGAUCGGCUCAGGCUCUACACAACAGCAUGUUCAGUGCAGUCAUCCGCACGCCUGUUCACUUCUUUGAUGUCAACCCCAUAGGAAGGAUUCUCAACAGGUUUUCCAGAGACAUCAGCCAGAUAGACUCGACGUUACCCAUCACCUUUGUGGACUUCUAUCAAUUAUUUUUACAGAACGUCGGUGUGGUUGCGGUGUCUGCCUCAGUCAUCCCUCUCAUCCUCAUCCCUGUCGUUCCUCUGCUUUUUUUCUUCCUGUACUUGAGGCGUUUCUACCUCUGUACAUCACGAGAUGUCAAACGUCUCGAGUCUACAACUCGAAGUCCAGUGUUCUCCCAUCUGUCUUCGUCUCUUCAGGGCCUGUGGACGAUCCGAGCCCUCAGAGCCGAGGAGAGGUUAAAGAAAGCCUUUGAUGCACAUCAGGACCUGCACUCAGAGGCGUGGUUUUUGUUCCUGAUGACGUCCCGAUGGUUUGCAUUACGCCUCGACAGCAUUUCCUCCAUAUUCAUCACCUUUGCAACGUUUGGCUGCAUCCUGCUGAGAGAUAGGCUUGAGGCUGGAGAGGUCGGCCUGGUGCUGACCUAUGCUGUGACGCUGGUUGGAAACUUCCAGUGGACGAUGAGGCAAAGUGCGGAGGUGGAGAACAUGAUGACGUCAGUGGAGAGGGUGGUGGAGUAUACGGAGCUGAAGAGUGAAGCACCCUGGAAAACACAGACGUGUCCUCCUCCUGAUUGGCCGGGUCAAGGAGCGGUGAGCUUCAACCGGGUGAACUUCUCCUACAGCGACGAUGGACCGCUGGUCCUCCAAGAUAUCAGCGCCACCUUCCACCCCAAUGAGAAGGUUGGCAUUGUGGGAAGGACCGACAGAUGAACUGAUCCAGAAAACUAUACGGGAGAAGUUCAGAGAAUGCACAGUGCUGACCAUCGCUCAUCGCCUCAACACCAUCAUAGACAGCGACAGGAUACUGGUUCUAGAUGCAGGGAACAUUCAUGCCUAUGAUGAGCCUUACACCCUGCUGCAAGACCCAGAAGGCAUCUUUUAUAAAAUGGUGCAGCAGACUGGCAAACAGGAAGCAGUAGAUCUACUAGAAGCAGCUAAACAGGCAUAUGACAGCAGAAGCCAUGACAAUCUGUCUAAUGGGCACGCAGUAACAGCGGACGGUAACUUGGUUAUUUUUGAGACAGCUCUGUGAGCCAGAAGACUAAAGGACGUCCCUGGACAUGUACUGCGCCCCCAGCCUCUGGUGAAAGCACACAGGGCCUGGAUAGAUGGGUCUCAACCAGUCCAGCUGCUGAGGAGACAGAGGACAGGAUCUGCAGAGGCACUGGCCUCUACAUGCACAUUAUGCUGUUUCCUUCAAGCUGGGAAAUCACUACUGUAAAAACUAUUGACAUAGAUCACUAUUUAUUUCUAUGCUAAAUUGCUUUUAAAUGGCCACAUAAUACUUUAAGUGCCUUAUUUCAGGUUUGCACACGUUAAUUUAAUCAAUGAUAGUGUAUAUCUGUAUCCAAAGUUGCCUUUAUGUUGUUGCACAGGACUAAUGAUUACCAAAUUAAGAAAUUGCAAUGUCAGUAAAAAAACAUUUCAGCCUUUUUAUACUGUUUCUAUUCACUCUGCUCUUUGCCACAACUCAAAUGGCCUGUUUGUGUUCAAAUGUGUCAUGACCACCUUACAUGUUUAUAUUUUGUUGUGCCAAUUUGUAUAUUUUUGUUGUCAAACGCUGCAUAAACACCUACAAAUCUUA